CUAUCUACGUCCCUGAAAAUUUUAAUCUACAUAUGAUAAAUUCGCUGAACCUUAGACACAAAUUUAUUUUAGAUAUAAGAUAUUUAAUACAUUUAUGCCAAAGAACGCUGAACAUACGUAAUUUAUUAGUGGUUUUCAACUCAAGCUUAAAAAUAUGCAAGAACAAGAAAUGCAAUCAAUAUAAAAGAUAAUAUGAAAAAUAUGAAGAGAAUUAGAAUUAAGAAUUAGGAAUUAAAUAUUAAAAAAUUCGACGUCAUUAGAUCUAUGGAUUUCAAGGAAAUAAUCGAAAGAUGACUAUUGUUCAAUGUAUUAAACAGUAAGAGGCAUGGAACAAUUCCAUGAUAUGAGUGAUGGAAAUAUACAUAUGAGUGAUGUCAUUGAAGUCAUUGAAACUGAUACUAAAUAUAAUGGGAGGGAAGAUCAAAUUCCAAGAGAAAUGAACACAGAACGAUUAUUGCCUUAUGUUGAAAUAAUAGAACAACCAGCAAGCAAAGCUUUACGUUUUCGCUAUGAAUGUGAAGGCAGAUCAGCUGGUAGUAUACCUGGUGUAAAUAGUACAUCAGAAAAUAAAACAUUUCCUACUAUAAAAAUAGUUGGAUAUAAAGGUCGAGCUCUAGUUGUAGUAUCAUGUGUAACAAAAGAUCAACCAUACAGACCUCAUCCUCAUAAUCUUGUUGGAAAGGAAGCAUGUAAACAAGGUGUUUGUACAGUAGAAGUUUCAUCAGAGAAUAUGACAGUUACAUUUGCAAAUCUUGGAAUUCAAUGUGUAAAAAAAAAAGAUAUUGAAGAGGCGCUUAAAAUAAGAGAAGAAAUUCGUGUAGAUCCUUUUCGAACUGGCUUCGAACACAAAAGACAACCUACUAGUAUUGAUCUCAAUGCAGUGAGAUUAUGCUUUCAAGUCUUUUUAGAAGGAUCACAAAAAAGAAAAUUCAAUGUGCCACUACAACCAGUAGUAUCCGAUCCUAUAUUUGAUAAAAAGGCAAUGUCAGAUCUUGUGAUAUGCAAACUCAGUCAUAGUAACGCAUCAGUCGCUGGUGGUAUGGAAAUGAUUUUAUUAUGUGAGAAGGUUGCAAAAGAAGAUAUACAAGUUAGAUUCUUUGAAGAAAAAGAUGGACAAGUGCUUUGGGAAGGAUUUGGUGAUUUUCAACCUGUUCAUGUACAUAAACAAACAGCAAUUGCAUUUAGAACACCGACUUAUCGUAUGCAGCAAGUGGAACAACCAGUGCAAGUAUAUAUUCAACUUAAAAGACCAUCAGAUGGUGCAACAAGCGAACCAUUUCCUUUUCUGAUGUUACCUCUCGGUGCAGGUAGGCCUGCUUUCUGGUCUUUACGGAAAGCAUUUGCCAGGAAGAAAACAGAUUACACUUCAUUUGGCAAAAUUUUAGCUACUGAACCGACAUUGUUUUCAAACGUUACUCCGAAAUUUCCGCGUAAUAUUGACGAAUAUAACAAUAAUGACUUCGACACAAAAAAAUGGAAUAAUAAAAUUUCUGCGUUACGUGCUUUGAAUGAUUUGUACAAUGUAAAAAAUACAUUAGAUUCUUAUAAUGGAAGUAUGGAAAUAAAUCAAAAUAUUGCACAAAAUAUAGAUCAUGCUAAAAAUACUAUUAUAGAUUACCGAAAUAAUGAUUUAUCAAUCAAUGAAGAGAAACGAACUAUAGAAAACGAACAAUUAAAUAGAAUGUACAAAUCUUAUCCCAAUUAUAUAGAUAAAGAAACGAAGGACAUGAAUUUAGAAAUUUUAACUCGUCCUAAAUCUAAUACUGUUGAAAACGCGUGCGUAUUAAAAAAUACAGAAAUAUUAAAAGAUAAAUCUGAUUGGUUCGAUUAUUCUGAAGUGAGUAAAUGGGUACAAAAAGGACAAAUAUGUCUCAAAGAGAAAGAAAAUGAAAUAGAUUUUAAAAUUGAAGUGACAGAAGAUUGUAAUAAGUCUUUCAAUGAUUUAUUAACACAAGUAGCAGAAUUAGAUCAAAUUUAUGCCGAUACACAUGCAAAGUUAGUGCAGGCAGCAUUUGAACAGAAUACAACUGAUCAAUCUAUGGAUAUUGAUGUUUGCGAUAAUCAGACUUAUACUAGUUUACAAAUGGCUAUGAAAAAUCCUAUUGAAUUUACCGAUUUAUCGAACGAAAGAAAGUAUGAAGAUGUGUGUGUACUAAAAACAGAUACUAAUCAAUCUUGUCCUUCCCCGCCAGUGACUACGAAAAGAGAUGGAACGCAGGAAACGGAAGAAAGAUUACCGCCUUUACCACCGAAACGUAUCCGGAAAAUGCCUUCUAUGCCUCUUUUACCUCGUCCUAUAUCCUGUCAUACUACACCAGAUUCUUUCAUUGAAGCACCAAAUAAAACUUUACCUUCCUUACCUAGUACUUUAACUAAAAACUCGAAACAAGGAUUAUUUUCAAAAUUAUUUGCAAAAAAAGUGAAAAAAGAUAAAGACACAAUUUUAAAUGUAUCCAAAGAAACUACUCAAUCUUUGACUACUACAGGAAACAUUUCAUAUUUGACAACAAACAAUACAUCAAAUAAUUCACAAUUACAAAUUCCAAGAGCUAGUGUAGUAAGUACUACUAGCGUAAAAUCACUUAGAUUGGAAGGUGAUGAAACACCACCAUAUGGAAUGGAAUUAACAGAAGCUGAACAUUAUGCAUUAUAUACUGCUAUGGCGCCGCACGCAACUGCUUCUGAAUUUGAUGAAAUGUCUUUCUAUUAUAGUCCUGUGGAAGAUGGAAAGAUUUAUUCUGAAAAAAAGGAGAUUUAAUAUGUCUUAUUGUGUUUUUAGCCUACUUCCAUUUAAGAGUAUAUUUUUUUUCAAAUAUUAUAAUAGAAAAAAUGCUGAUGUUAUAGCAGAUAAUUGCUAAUUUUCAGAAACAAAAAGCAUUAUGAUUGAAUGAAGUUACGUAUUUACGAUAAUAAUAUGAAAUUUUUGUAACUUGAGUGUGUUUGCGUUCUUAAGAUAUAUUUUAUAUUUUUUUCAUUUUUUAAAAAAAGUACAUGUAGCAAUUUUUAUUAUGCUACUUUGAUUAAUAUACUCUGAAACCAAUGCAGUACUAUUUUUUCUAGUCAGAGUACAAAUUUGUUAUUUUAUUUCUAUAGUCUUUUAUAUAAAAAAAUAGCUGAAAUAUAAAAUCGGCUGAAACUUGUUAUUUAUCAUCAAAGUUUGUGUUUCUUCUAGUCAAAUUUUAUAGUGUUGCUACUUAUUAUACAUAUCUUUAAUUUUGUGCAUUGCUUUUUACUAUUUAUGACACAUUGUUAAGUUUUUAUAUAGUGUUCCAAGUUUAUAGGCAUCACUUUGUUUCUAGUCUUAGAAUAAGCACUUAAUUUAUAGUUAAAAUUAAUUUAUAUUUAAGAUUUUUUAUUUGUUUGUAACUUAAACUUAUUUUGAACCACUGACUUAACUAUUUGUUCAGAUAUAAUAUUUUUAAAGGUUAAAAAACUUAGAUCAAAAUUUAUAGGUUUGUUGUCUUCAGAAAAAAUUGAUAUAUUAAUAUUUAAAAGUCAUGUGGUUAAUAUACAAUCAUUUAUAGAUGAUCCUGAUUCAUUAAGGCGAAAGAGACAAAAGAUUAAUAACAGCCAAAACGCGCUAGUUUUGAGACAUGUACAGGCAGAAGCUGAGAUGCGUGAGUAUUUUUUAUCAAAUUGUCUUCAAUUCUACAGCUUUGCCGGGAGUGGGUUUAAAUGAUAUCAUUAGCAUCGUCGCAACGUCAAAAUUUCUAAAUGUACAUUGUGCUACAUUUAUGCGAAAUUGCUGAUUUUACUUCUUUGUAAUACUAAUCGCGUUCACAUUUAUUCUAUAUGCAAGAAAAAAAAAUUAGCAAGACUUUGUGAUGCGAGUCAUCAACAUGUUAUGCAUUUUUCUGAUGGGUUUUAUCAACCCUAUUUGUUGUAAUAAUAAUAAUUGUAUUAAUGAAUCUAAAAAAUUUGUUGGAAGUCCCAAAAAUUUGGACUAACUUGUACAUUUGGAGAAUGUUUACAGCAUUUUUAUGAAUCACGAAUAUAUAUUUAUCGAAAUAUCUAUGUUUCAGCGCUCUUAAGUCACGUCAUACUAACUAUAUAAUUAAUCUAAUAUCUUUGCACACUGGAAAUAUUUAAAUUUAAAAAUUUCUUAUAUUUAUUGUUAUAUAUUUUGUCUGUUGAAUUUCGUCCAAUAGUGCCUAAUAAUCUAGAAGAUUAACAUAAAAAAAUGAUAAAAAAUUUCCGUUGUGCAAAGAUUGAUAUUUUUUCAUGAAUUAGAAUUUUCAUUGUAUUAAGAAAUACUAUAUUCAUAUAUAUAUAUACAUAUAUAUAUAUAUUUUCACGCACUGAAGAAUCUUGUUUUAUACUUUUUUAAAAAUGUAUUUUGUAUAAAUAGUUGGAAUUUGUACUUAAAUUUUUGGAUGGCAAUGGCCUUGUAUAUUUGAAGAGAAAAUUGUAUUUUUGUAAUUAUUACUGAUGAUUGCACGAAUGGAUGCAUUUUUAUAUCCAUUAAUGCGACGAGAAAAGUAUGUUGUUAAUGAUAAUAACGUUGACAAAAGCGGGCUUAAUUUUUACAGUUUAAAUAAUAUACAAGUAUCCUGCUCUUGUAUUAAAAUAUUGUAUUUAAAUAUUCAGCAAUACAAUAAUAAGAGCGGAAAUUAUGUGCAAUAUUUGUAUGGCAAUACAAAUUUUUAUAAACUGCUUUGAAAAAGAAAAAUCUAUAUAAUGUAUGACUUAUACAUAUAUACAGAAUAUAUUGAUCUAUAUAUAUAUAUACAUACUUAUUUAAUGAUAAAAA